UGUAGUCUGUUAGAUUUUUGUCACUCUACUGAGCAUUUAAUAGCGAGGCAAAAGCAUUUCUUCGACAAACACACACUCGCUAGUCAGGCCAAAUUACCAGAAUAGAAAUUCAAAGUACCCAAGAUGAGUGAGCAGCCAAAUCAUUCAGAGGAUAGGCAGACCAUGGCCAGCUCCUUCUUCGAUGUGUUAUGGCCGCUAAUCCUGGACGAGAAUCUCUGCCGCAUCGAGAGCAAAUCGGAGGAGUUCUUUGUGCCCAAGCAGACUUUCAAUCGUUUGGAGUGGCACAAGUACCUGGCCCAGGUGGGUUAUCCCUUCUACAUUACACCUCUGGAGCUGCGUUGCUGCAAGGGCGCUUUAAUGGAGGAGAUCGAAAACCAGGAGGCUGAGAAGGCCUUGAACCAGGAGGUGGAGGAGCGGAAGGGACCGGCACAAGGGGAUUUCCUCCGUUGCGGAUCCCAGGCCAUUCGACCCAUCGACAAGAAGGUGGAUGAUCUGAGAAUCGAGCACGAACGCCGACAGAAACUGGCCUACGACUUCGCCAAUCGAAAGUUUCCUUGGACCAUGCAAACGCCCAGUCACGAAUUGGGUUUCACAAUAACCGAGGAGCUGGAGAAGUGCUUCAAGGGACCCAUGGAGCUGGCCUUGCUGCAGUCCAUCCACGACCACGACUGCAAGCUGAUGGUCAUCGAUCUGAGCGUCGAGGUGGACAUCAAGGAUUGCCAGCGGUGGAUCAAGUUCCGUCCCUAUAUCCAAUUGUUGGGCUUGGUGCGAACACCUCGAAUGGAGCGAUCGCUGCAGCUGCUGAAUGUCUUCCACACUCUCUUCGUGGAGGAGUCGGUGGAGAAUUCGUGGGACGAGGAGCUCCAUUGCUCGCUGCGAACAGCUUUUUUGCACGCCCAAAAAAUCCAGCUCCUCAAGUCCUGCGGCGAGCCAUUUGUUUUCGUAUUCAGCCGAAUGCGGGGGAUCUGCACCUGCGACAGCUUUAAAAUACUUAGGCGAGCAUAAACUUAAUUGAUUUGAAAAAAGAAUAGUUUAUUUGCACAGAUUUUGUUCGUUCUACUUAGUGUGUAACCAUUUAAACAAAAAUUGUAAAUGUAAAGAAAAAAAAUUAACAAGUUUAUAAGAAUAUUCAUAAGAGAGUAAAAAAAGUAUAAUAAAAACAUCAUUUGGGGGCA